CAAUUCAAUAUUCGAUCCAAGUGACAAAAAAAAGAAGGUUUAUUCAAUCUUUUGGAGGCCUGAGUGUCAUCUCCAAUCCAUAGCUUGCAAUUCCCGGCAAGCACAGUGAUUGGUGUCCAGAAAGGCUUCAGCUUGCUCCUCCCUUCUCAACUUCAACAAUUUCGCUAUAGCACUUAAUGUCCUGUUGUUGUAGGGACAUCAGUCUUGCUAAACAUGAUAUGGUCAAGGCUAAGUAGGAGAACUCAUCUUUUGCCAUCCCUUAAGACUUUGCAAACAAACUCUCUUGAAUCCAGAUGCCUGUCUAUCAUUCCUAAAGGAUCAAGUUACAAGUUCACUAAUCCUAGUUCCAGCUUCCAACACAAUUUUUCUUGUUAUAUACGGUUAUCAAAGUUUAAGCAAGAAUUGAGUACAAAAUCAUUCCAUCUGUGUUGCCGCUCUUCAGCUUUUGCUUCACAGUAUGUUGGAAAGUCAUGUGCCAUACCUGGUUUCCGACACUUCUCAUCUCAUGCAUCCAAAGAACAGAAAUCCCGAAAGAUGCUUUUAUACUUGACGGGCUUAGUUUUUGCUAUGGUUGGGUGCACAUAUGCUGCAGUUCCCCUAUACAGGAGAUUUUGCCAAGCAACUGGCUAUGGGGGAACUGUUACCCGGCGUGAGACUGUUGAAGAAAAGAUUGCUCGACAUGAUACCAAUAAUACAGUCACCACAAGGGAAAUUGUGGUCCAGUUCAAUGCUGAUAUUGCUGAUGGGAUGCCAUGGAAGUUUGUUCCCACACAGAGACAGGUUAGGGUCAAGCCCGGUGAAAGUGCCCUCGCAUUUUAUACUGCCGAAAACAAAAGUUCUACUCCAAUAACAGGUGUUUCUACGUAUAAUGUCACUCCUAUGAAGGCUGCAGUGUACUUCAAUAAAAUUCAAUGCUUCUGCUUUGAGGAGCAGCGACUUCUUCCUGGAGAGCAGAUUGACAUGCCUGUAUUCUUUUAUAUUGACCCGGAAUUUGAGACGGAUCCUAAAAUGAAUGGUAUCAAUAACAUUAUAUUAUCAUAUACCUUCUUCAAGGUUUCUGAGGAAUAACACCAACUUGAAUGUUUACAUGAGAAUCAAAUAACAAGCUCCCUCCAUUUCAAAGGACAAAGAUGUAUAAUACAUUGAUGAAGCUCAAGUUUUGGUUUACUUAUGGUGGCUGACAUAAAAGACUAAAAUUCAUUUACUUAUUUGUUUAGGACAUAUAAAGAAGGUUGCCUCUUCUGUAUGAUUGCCAAGUUCUUGAAUAUUUUCAGCUUCAGCAAAACUACCAGAAAACCCUUGUGAUCAAGUUUUGAAGGUUCAAGGUACCAUGCCGUGACAUUUGGAAUUAUGCUGAUUAAGUUAAUGCAAGCCGAGGUUUGGAGUACCUCUUGAAAUUAGCCAUUUAGAUGAAUGAAUCAUUUUGCUUUCAGAAUUUAUUGAUUGUAAAAUUUAUCUGAAGAACUGUAAAGGUUGAGAUAUAUUCGCAAAAUGGUAAGUGACAAUGACGUCUAUGACCAGGUGAAACUAGCAUGGUAUGAAUUUUGGUGAUAGUUUAACGGGUCAUUUAUCUUUAUACUUUUACAAAACCUAAUUAUUUUCAAUAUAUAGUUGACAGUUUGUAGAGUUUGUUUA